AUGGAUAAGAAACCUGGAAGAGGAUCAAGAUUAGCUGGUUCCAUUGUGAUUGCUGUUAAUUUGUUUUUUAUGGUAAUCUGCGUGACGCUGUUCGCAAUAUGCUUAUGGAUCAUUUCGUCGCCAAGUACACUGUCGUAUGUCAUACAAACUGUAGGCAGUCCCACUAUGAAGGUGCUCUUCCCCCUGGAUGUUCUUAACGUUCACCUUGGUGUCGUGCUGGCUAUCAUGGCGAUUUUCUUCUUCUUCAUAUCUUACAUGGGUUUCUGUGGCGCUAUUAACUGCUCAAAGUUUCUGCUCUUUAUGUAUUCAACCCUGGUGAUUCUACUGCUUCUUCUUGAAUGUGCUUUAUUUUUCUACUACACUUCAAAUUUAGUGGAGAAGGGUCUUCAAGUGGAAGAUGGUCAAUUAAAUCAUGCACUGAGGCUUUCUUUUCGAUGUUGCGAACAUAAUUACACCUCCAAUAUAGUGGAGAAGAUCCAACCGCCAUGGUCGUGUUGUGGUGUUCGUGGCUUCCCUGUUAACUGCACCGCUGAGCGAGCCUACACACAAAACUGUCAACAGACUAUAGCGGCUUGGCUCGAUCGAUACCAGCCCGCCAUCUAUGUUUCACUAACGAUACUACACGUUCUGUUGUCGUCCUGUUCGCUCAUACGCCGAGCUCGCAGUCCAUCUCGCUCGUACAGCUAG